AUGACCCAGUCAAGCAACACCGCGGAUAAUCCAGUCUACUUCUGGCGAGAUGCUGAUACAGAGACCGGAUGGCUUUCACAAUGGUACUACUGUCCUUUCACGGACGACAAGAACCCAAAAAUAGUAUACGAAACUGCCGAACAUUACAUGAUGUAUCACAAGGCUCUUUUGUUUAACGACCAGGCCGUGGCAGCCCAAGUUCUGGCCGCCGGCCAUCCACGAAACGCAAAAGCCCUAGGCCGCCAAGUUCAGAACUUCUCAGACGAGACAUGGAAAAAGCACAGGACGGCGAUCGUUCGGCAGGGAAACCUCCUGAAGUUCACAGCAGCAGUUACAGAAAAAGGUUUUCGAAAGGGCACGGGCAACAACGCACCCCUGAUCGAUGGCAGCUUGCGCGAGAUGCUCCUCGCAACCGGCACCCGCGAGAUUGUAGAGGCCAGCCCGUCCGAUAAGAUCUGGGGGAUCGGCUGCAAGGCAGCAGAUGCAGAACGCCGUAGGGCCUAUUGGGGUCUCAACUUACUGGGCAAAGCCUUGAUGGAGGUGAGGUCGUUACUGAGAGAGCAGACGCUGCAGACUUGA